GGCUGGAUCCCUCCUCUCUUUUCCUUUCCUUUAUUGUUGGCGGGCCCUACCUCUCACACUCCCAUGUGCCACUGCUGCUGCUCCUGACAAUAACUUUCACCCACACCCACCUUAACGAAGACUCCAUCCCCCCCUUCUCUCUCUCACUCUCCUCUUUUUCUUCAAUGGAAGAAACAGAGCCGCAAACCCAGCCCCCUUCCUCCACCCAUGCAAGAAAGAGCACUGAUUCUUCUUCAUCACCGGAGUUCGAGUUUUGGAUGGUAAGAAAUCCUUCCUUCCCCCAACCUAAUAUCCUUUCUGCGGACCAACUGUUUGUAAAUGGCGUCCUUCUUCCUCUCCAUCUCCUUCCCCAGCAAACCGAGCCUGAGCGCGACCCCAAACCCGAGCUUAAACUCGAGCCUGAGACCUUGCCUGAAUCUACUGUUGGUUCCUCCGCCUCGAAACGAUGGAAAGACAUUUUCAAGAUUGGGGAUAGGAGGGCAAGCACUGCCAGCAGCAGAAGCGGCAACGAAGAGACAACGGCUGCUGCGGAAUGUAAAGAUAAGGAGAAAAGGAAGAAAGAGAAGAAGAGCAGCGGAUUAGGCUGCAGCAGCAGCAUUUCGAAUCCAACUGCAGAUCUAAACAUCAACAUAUGGCCCUUCUCCCGCAGCCGUUCAGCUGGGAACUGGAGCAGCGGCGGGAGGGCAAAGGCGUCUGCUGCAGGAGCACGGAAGGCGAGUAGCGCCCCGUGCUCGAGGAGCAACUCAGGCGGGGAGUCAAAGUUAAAGAAAUGGCCCAGCAGUCCUGGGAGAGCGGGGGUGCAUCUGGGGAGGAGCAGCCCUGUUUGGCAGGUUCGUCGCGGAGGUUCGGGUGGGAAGGGUUCGGAGCCUGUGGUCAGGAGAUCGGAGAAGGGGGUUUCGAAAGAAGGGCUUGGAAAUCGACGGUCAGGGGUUGGGGACAGGAGUAAUGGUGGGGCCCGGGUAUUGAACCUGACCGUUCCUCUGUGUAUAGGGUAUCGUCAGCAUUUGAGCUGCAGCAGUGACGACAGCGGUUUUGGGAACCCAAACAAUCACAGCGGCAACGGCAAUCCAGGCAACCAUAGUAGUGGUAACGCAACCCUCUUUAACUUGCGCACCCUUUUCUCCAAGAAAGUACAUUAACCACAUCUCUCUCUUUCUCCCUCCAAAACUAUUGUUGUAAUUCCAUCUUCUUCUUACCUUUUGUCAAACAUACUUGAAACUUGUUGUAAUUAAAUUCGAAAGUUGUUUACUUUUU